AGCUAUUACUUUGCUCUGACUGAGACUGUGCGACAGACGAGAAACUGCUUCCAUCUGGAAACGUUAAAAGGAGGGCAGAGUCUUCCCAGUCACCAACGGCAAAACGGAGUGGCUUGCAUUAUUUUACAAUAAGCGCAGUUUAUUAUCGCUGAAAAUGAAGAGGGGACGUGCGCUUUAGACCAGCUGCACCGGAUUGAUCGCGGAAGGAUGCUACAAUUUUAUACCGUUAUCCAACUUUAACGCCCUGUCAUUUUGAAGCAGUUUUAAAUAUUUUCCUUUUUGUUUUACAAAGGGACAAGCCUAUUUCUGGAGCGUUCUUUUAGAGACUAAUGGUGUGGGAUGUUCGCCUCUUGACAUAGCGAAGUUGUCGCAGUCUGUAAUCGCUAAUGGGUCUGCUUGUUGGAACACGGAGGUGACUGAACCGUAUCUGGCACUGUCUAAAGAAUCUAAACUGGAAGCCGACCGUGUGAGAAAGGGAGCAGCGAUGAUUCACAAAGCAGACAGCGGAAUUCGGGGGUGAAGUCAGGGUCGGCUUCCCAGCGAGCGUCAGGAAGGUCUUUGGAUAGUCUCCAGGGUUGUAAUCGGGUCCCUGAAGGACACGCAGGAAGUCGUGGGCAGCGGACGACGGCAGGAUGCGGCAGGGUUUGGGACUGCAGGUGCUGCUGACGUGCUUGGGUGUGGCGCUGUGCAGCCACGGUUCAUUGCCCUCGGAGCACGCCCACCGACGGAGACUCUCAUUGCACGGUCACAGGGAGAGGGGCAAGGAAGGGCAGGUCCUCCACCGCUCCAAAAGAGGCUGGGUUUGGAAUCAGUUCUUUGUCAUCGAGGAGUACACGGGACCGGACCCAGUCCUGGUGGGACGGCUUCAUUCAGAUGUUGACUCUGGCGAUGGGAACAUCAAAUACAUUCUUUCAGGGGAAGGCGCGGGCACCAUUUUUGUCAUUGAUGACAAAACUGGGAACAUCCAUGCCACAAAGACACUGGACAGGGAGGAGCAGGCCCAAUACACACUAACAGCGCAGGCAGUGGCUCGGGACACCAACAAGCCAUUGGAGCCCCCCUCAGAAUUUAUUGUCAAGGUGCAGGACAUCAAUGACAACCCACCCGAGUUCCUCCAUGGCCCUUACUAUGCCAGGGUUCCAGAGAUGUCCAAUGUCGGUACUUCAGUGAUGCAGGUGACUGCUACAGAUGCAGAUGACCCAACAUACGGGAACAGCGCCAGGCUGGUCUACAGUAUCCUGCAGGGUCAACCAUACUUCUCAGUGGAGCCACAAACAGGGAUUAUUAGGACAGCCCUACCUAACAUGGACAGAGAAGCACGGCAGGAGUAUGAUGUGGUCAUUCAGGCCAAAGACAUGGGGGGGCACAUGGGAGGACUGUCUGGGACCACAGAAGUGAAGAUCACCCUGACAGACGUCAACGACAAUCCACCGAAGUUCCCUCAGAGUGUCUAUGCGAUGUCUGUUGCAGAAGACAAGGUGGUGGGCGAGGAGGUAGGGAGGCUGAAGGCCAAGGACCCCGACCUCGGAGAGAACGGACUAGUCACGUAUCGUCUCAUCGAGGGUGACGGAAUGGGCGUCUUUGAGAUCACCACCGACUCCGAGACUCGCGAGGGUGUCAUCAAACUGAAAAAGUUGGUGGAUUUUGAAACCAAGCGAGCGUACUCCCUGAAGGUGGAGGCUUCCAACGUGCACGUGGACCCACGCUUCAUUGCUUGGGGACCGUACAAGGACACAGCCACCGUGAAGAUCAUGGUGGAGGAUGCAGAUGAACCACCUGCCUUUACUGCACCCGCCUACAGCUUUGAGGUGGAGGAGAAUGCCCCCGAUGGGACAGUGGUGGGCCGGGUGCACGCUAAAGACACGGAUGUUGCCAACAGUCCUGUCAGGUACAUAAUUCCUCGCUAUACAGACAUUGAGCAGUUCUUUAGCAUCGGCCCCGAGGACGGCGUCAUCAGAACAACAAGACUUCUGGACCGUGAGGCCCUGCCCUGGCACAACAUCUCAGUCAGCGCCACAGAAAUUGGAGGGCAUCACCAAGAUGCUAAAGUUCGUGUCAACAUCAAAGUCAAAGAUAUGAAUGACAAUGCUCCUGAAUUUGCCACCAAGUAUGAAGUUUUUGUCUGUGAAAAUGCUUCACCUGGCAAACUCAUUCAGACGGUCAGCGCGGUGGACAAGGAUGAGAUGACUCAGAGACAGUUGUUCCGUUUCAGCAUCGCACUGGAAGCUGCCAACAACCAGAACUUCUCUCUGAAAGACAACAGAGACAACACUGCCGGUAUCUAUGUGACCCGGAAAGGUUUCAGCCGAAUGGCCCAGGACAUCUACUUGCUGCCGAUAGAGAUUGACGAUGGCGGAAGCCCUCCCAUGAGCAGCACCAACACGCUGACCAUCCGCGUGUGCAGCUGCGACAGCAGGGAAACUAUGCUCUCCUGCAACGUGGAGCCCUACAUUCUGCCAGCGGGCCUCAGCACGGGAGCCCUCAUCGCCAUACUGGCCUGCAUUGUCAUACUUCUGGCUAUCGUGGUGCUGUUUGUGGCUCUGCGCCGUCAGAAAAAGGAGCCCCUAAUCGUGUUUGAGGAGGAGGACAUCCGGGAGAACAUCAUCACCUACGAUGAUGAGGGUGGUGGCGAGGAGGACACGGAGGCCUUUGACAUCGCCACACUGCAGAACCCUGAUGGUGCCAACGGCUUCCUACCCAGGAAGGACAUCAAGCCUGAGAUGCAGUACCCUCUCCGGCUAGAAGGGCCAGCAGUGGCCAGCAGUGUGGACGUAGACGACUUCAUAAAGACCCGCAUCUCAGAUGCGGACGACGACCCCACUGCUCCGCCUUACGAUUCGAUCCAGAUCUACGGUUAUGAAGGGCGUGGCUCUGUUGCCGGCUCGCUCAGCUCACUGGAGUCAGUCACCACAGACUCGGACCUGGACUACGACUACCUCCAAAGCUGGGGCCCACGCUUCAAGAAGCUGGCAGAUCUCUAUGGCACCAAAGACUCUAAUGAUGACAACUCUUAACACCUCAGAUAUAUCAUUCAGUGCCCCUGUAACAUGUAGUGUGUGAAGUUUACUAUAAGUAUACCACAAUUUCAUCUAUUUAUAGUAAACUUUUCAUUUUUUUUGUAUUAUGUAUACUUAUAGUAUACUAUAUUUUUAUGAGGGGACUGAAUUUGGACCAGGUGAUGAGAGGAAGCCAAAAGACAAAGACACUUUUGAGGUCUGGAGUGGCAAGUGGAAAUCUGACAGAUAAGAAAGUUUUUACGGAAAGAUUUUUUUUUUUUUUAAUGCUCAGCAUUUUCUUUUAUUUUUUGUUGCUACAGGUCUGAUUUUACAAAAAUGUGUGCAGAGUGGUGGUUUGCUCAUUGAAUGACUUGGAAUUGUUGAAACAGUGGGAAAAUGGUUGCCUUAUAUGAAAAAAAAUGGAAAAGUAAACAGAAUGGUCACUUGUAUAGCACGUCCAACUUGCAAACAGUGCAGUUUUUGACAAAGUUUUUUAACAACCACAAAAUGAUGGAUUUAACGAAAAUGAAGACUCUUCUCAGUCUUCUGUCAAAUUCAAAAGAAAUCCCCACUUCCGCCAAAUGAAGUACAGAUCACAAGUAACAAGCUGUGAGCUCAAAUCGCCUUAAAUAAUGGACACUGUUGCUGCGCGGUACAUUUUUUGUAACUUGAAAAUAUCUUAAAGCAAGGUAAAAUCCAUAUAACAUGUACAAAACAGUGUCCCUUGGGGAUCAGAUCUGUGCCCAUUGAUUCUUUUUUUGUGAUAAUGCUAUUACUGAUUAUCAUUGUUGUUUAAUUGUCUUUCUUCAUUAUUACUGUAUGUUAAUCUCCCUCAUGCGAAAAUUUUGUUUUGUCUUGUUUCAGCAAAUGCCUAAUUUCUGUCAAUUUGAUGGUACCUAUUGGUACAAAUGCUUAAGUUUUUUUUUUAACCAUACAAAUACCAGUAUUUCAACAUGUAAGAAAAUGUUACAUCAAAUUUAUAUUUUAAGAACAUUGUACUGUUGCUUUAAUAUGUGCUUCAGUCUAAGAAGCGGAAUACUUUUAAAUAAAUGCUUUUUAUAAAAUUA